GGUUGGAGCACUGGAAGCAUCCUCGCAUACCCGUUGUUUCAUUCCAUUCGUGCUUACGAGCUGACGUCUCAUCGUGGAAGUUGGAUGGCUCGCAUGUUGGCAUGCUUGCGGGGGUUUCCGAGCAAAAUCGCGUGUUCUGGUGGAGGAGACGGGACUCGCGAAUUGGUCUGGUGAUGUCAGAAACGCGAAAAGUUGUGGAAACCGAGAGAUUUCGCCCGGCGAAGGCCGCCCGCAUCGCCAUCACCAGCGACCCUGCCCCGCCACACUCCCAACCUCCCUCACUCAAUACCAACAAGCAAAAACGCACACACUCCAUCCACGACACGCACCCCUACCCAUCCUUGCCUCCUUCGGCCAAGCCCACGACCCGAUUUCAAUACCACAACCGCGCCGCCACACCCGUCGCGCCAGUCCCAGACAGGAAGGCCAAAAAGAGCGGGGGAGAGCGGCACACCGAUCACAAGGAAAGCUAGCAGCGCCGGCGGGCGAUCGAAAUGCCUAGCCAGGGAAGAGCGCCGAGGGAAGGGCCGAGCGGGUCGCGUCAUUGGAUGGAGGUUUGACGGGACGGGCGUGGAU